GGUGCCCUCUGUUGGUUGGAUCUGUCAGGAGAACCAUGGUAUUUGGACACGUUUUCCGGUGGCUUUUAGAUGGCUGUACUUAAGGCACACAAGUGUUGGCAAUGCAGCCGUCUUUCCCAACAGCUGCAGUCAGAGAGCUGGUGUGCUCCUGUCUGCAUCGAAACCCUGUAGCGGCGGACCUGCGCUGCAGCCUAUUUGUGGCCGCUGUACAGAGCUAUAAACGUGAUUCAGUGCUCCGACCGUUCCCUCCUCAAUACCUUAGAGGAGAGACCAAAGACUUUGAGGAACUGCAAAAAGAUGUGGACACCUUACCAAAUGUGAGAGAUCUGGUUCGUCUGGGACACGGAAAUGGAGACCAUCACCUGGCUCUUGUUCACUGGGUUCUCUCGUCUAAGGGUUUCGAUGUGAAGACCCUUCAGAAAGAGGAGUUUCCCAGACUCAGUCAGCUGACCCAAAGUGAGGGGUCUGCUCCAACCCCAGACUUCCUCUUUGAACUUCAGUACUUUAAUCUGCUCAACUCCAAGUUUGAGAGAACAUGGGCUGGACGGGAUCUAAUCUAUGCAUUCCAUGGCAGCAGACUGGAAAACUUCCAUUCCAUCAUACACAAUGGAUUACACUGCCAUCUGAAUAAGACAUCACUGUUUGGGGAAGGCACAUACCUGACCAGUGACCUCAGCAUGGCUAUCCUGUAUGGUCCUCAUGGUAACGGAUGGAGGGAAAGUGUUCUUGGGCCGUUGCUCAGCUGCAUUGCCUUGUGUGAAAUCAUUGAUCAUCCAGAUGUGAAAUGUCAGGUGAAGAAGAAAGACUCAGAGAGUAUUGAUCACCAGCGUCUGAGGGCCAGGAACAGUGAAGGAGGUGAGGUGCCUGAGAAGUACUUUGUGGUGACCAACAAUGAGCUAUUGAGAGUGAAAUACCUGCUGGUGUACUCUCAGAGACGCUACAGACGACAUGCUCAAGGGACGUCAUGGCUCGUCAGACAUCAUUUUGCGAUAAUGAUGGGCCUCUAUCUUCUGCUCCUCAUAUUCAUUGGUGCCAUCAACUCGUCUGCUUUCCAGUCCUUCUGGCACAGAAUGUUCCGGUGACACAGGCCGCCGCUUUCAUCACAUAAACGUUCUUGUACAAAGUGCCUUUACUCGCAAAGUUUAUCAUGAAAGAGACAGACAAUGCUCAGGAACAGUUUCUUCUGGCUCAACACAACAUUCCUCCCAGUUUCACUUGAUUUCUACACGGUUAUAAGUUCCACCAUCACCGUUUAUAAUUUUAUGUCGUUUUGGGUGAUUCUCAGGAAACCUGUCAAAAGAAAAGAAAAUGUCCUGCUCCAAUUUUACACAAAUCAAAAGAAACAAAUAAUAAGAAAAGAAUACUUUGUAAUGCAGUAAGAAAGAAAUGCCUGUGUUACGGUAAAGAGAAUCAUUGAAAACAAUGGGAAUAGUACUUUUUUUAUUUGCAGUAAUUAGAAUUUUGGUGGUAAAAUGCACUUAAGUGUCCUGAAAAUAUUGUCACAAUCCAAAAAAAUCUUAAUAUUCCAAAAUUUAAGCUUAAUUUUCAUAAUGCAAAAUAUAAUUUCAUAUUUUUUUUUUAUUGAUUUGGAGUUUAAUAUGACCAGAUCAUUUUCUUGACAGGUUUUCGUGAGAUUAACCCUUUUACAUAAACACUGUGCAUUUACCCGGAGUAAAACCUGCAUUAUGUGCACAUUAGCUUUCUGAAUGUGUGGUUUUGUUGCAUGUGAUCAAUUAGCAUGCAUGUUAAAUAACAACUUUUCUACUGUUUGAAUAAUACAGUGGGUUCACUACAUUACCUACAAUUAAAUGAUCAAACGCAUACUGUCUUUAUAAGCUUUGUUUAUUAGUUUUAAUGCAUUGUUGUCGCAGUAGACAUUGGCAACAUGUCUGCUUAUAUUAAUACAUCUCAAAGUCGUAGGGGAAAUCAGAUCUGUAGGGUGUUUUUAUAUUAGAUUCAGUAUUGAAGUAAGUGGUAAGGGUGGCAAUAUAUAUAUAUAUACAGUGGCAUGCAAAGCUUUGGGCACCCCUGGACAAAAUUUCUGUUACUGUGAAUGGUUAAGUGAGUAAAAGAUUAAUUGAUCUCCAAAGGACAUAAAGUUAAAGAUAUUAAAGAAAUUUUAAGCAAGAUUAGUGUAUUAUUUUUGUUUUGUACAAUUUCAGAGUGAAAAAAGGGAAAGGAGCACCAUGCAAAAGUUUGGGCACCCCAAGAGAUUUGAGCUCUCAGAUAACUUUUACCAAGGUCUCAGACCUUAAUUAGCUUCUUAGGGCUACAGCUUGUUCACAAUCAUCGUUUGGAAAGGCCAGGUGAUGCAAAUUUCAAAGCUUUAUAAAUACUCUGACUCCUCAAACCUUGUCCCAUCAAUCAGCAGCCAUGGGCUCCUCUAAGCAGCUGCCUAGCACUCUGAAAAUUAAAAUAACUGAUGCCCACAAAGCAGGAGAAGGCUAUAAGAAGAUAGCAAAGCAUUUUCAGGUAGCCGUUUCCUCAGUUCAUAAUGAAAUUAAGAAAUGGUAGUUAACAGGAAUGGUGGAGGUCAAGUUGAGGUCUGGAAGACCAAGAAAACUUUCAGAGAGAACUGCUUGUAGGAUUGCUACAAAGGCAAAUCAGAACCCCUGUUUGACUGCAAAAGACCUUAAGGAAGAUUUAGCAGACUCUGGAGUAGUGGUGUGCUGUUCUACUGUCACAAAUAUGACCUUCAUGGAAGAGUCAUGAGAAGAAAACCUUUCCUGUGUCCUCACCACAAAUUUCAGCGUCAGAAGUUUGCAAAUGAAUAUCUAAACAAGCCUGAUGCAUUUUGGAAACAAGUUCUGUGGACUGAUGAAGUUAAAAUAUAACUUUUUAGCCGCAAUGAGCAAAGGUAUGUUUGGAGAAAAAAGGGUGCAGAAUUUCAUGAAAAGAACACCUCUCCAACUGUUACGCACGGGGGUGGAUCGAUCAUGCUUUGGGCUUGUGUUGAUGCCAGUGGCACAGGGGAAUAUUUCACUGUUAGAGAAAAGAAUGGAUUAAAUUAAAUACCAGCAAAUUCUGGAAGCAAACAUCACACCAUCUGUAAAAAAGUUGAAGAUGAAAAGAGGAUUGCUUUUACAACAGGAUAAUGAUCCUAAACACACCUCAAAAUCCACAAUGGACUACCUCAAGAGGCGCAAACUGCAGGUUUUGGCAUGGCCCUCACAGUCCCCUGACCUAAACAUCAACAAAAAUCUGUGGACAGACCUCAAAACAGGAGUGCAUGCAAGACAGCCCAAGAAUCUCACAGAACUAGUAGUCUUUUGCAAGGAAGAAUGGGCGAAAAUCCACCAAACAAGAAUUGAGAGACACUUAGCUUGCUACAAAAAUCAUCUACAAGCUGUGAUACUUGCCAAAGGGGUGUUACUAAAUACUGACCAUGCAGGGUACCCAAACAUUUGCUUCGGGCCCUUUUCCUUUUUUGUUAUUUUGAAACUGUUAAUGAUG